AUGGCUGUCCCAGAUGUCUACCGCGUGUUCGUCAGCAAAGACUACAUGAAGUUCAACGCUGCGCACUUCAUUGCUUUCAAGGGAUUCCGUGAGCGCCUGCAUGGACACAACUACCGCAUGUCCGUGACUAUCACUGGCGAUCGCAUCGGACACGACGGGUACCUCAUGGAUUUUGGCGACAUCAAGAAGAUUGCCCGCGAAGUGUGCCGCGAAUUGAACGAACACUUUAUCGUGCCAUCAAAGAGCGACGUGCUGAAAAUCGACGUGACCGACGAGACUGUGACUUUGGUCACUGAGGACAACAAAACGUUCAGCUUCCCUCGCGAGGAUUGCUCGCUCCUGCCGAUCGUCCAUUCCAGCGCCGAAGAAUUGGCGCGGUAUUUGAUGGAUGUUCUCCUGGAGCGCUUCACGAUGACUCAAAUGAAGGCUCGUCAUGCAACGAAGAUUGAAGUGUCCAUCGCCGAAGCGGAAAACCAACUGGCCUCGGUCACCCGAAGCCUCGAUUAUAGCGAACUCAGCCCUUAA